AUGGGGCAAACGAGAGAACCUGAAACUGUUUGGGUGGAAUUGCCCAAUAUCACAAGUGUGUGGCGUGCUUCGAAGGGCGUAGCACCACUCUCUUUGCUGCGAGGCGGAGUGCGCAAUGCCCUUGUCUUGGCUUUACACCAGUAUCAGCAGAACGAAAUGCUUCAAGCGCAUACUUCGACAAAAUCAGGGGUUGUAAAUUCAUAUGGCAAACCCGAACAUGGCGAGAAGAGCACUAGAACAAUUUCCUUUAGCCAUAUCAUCUCUAGCCCAGACCUUACCGAUACAGUUAUCAGGCAAGUAGGCCUGUGA